GCUUACUAGAUGUGGCGAAACGAAAUAUUAUUUCCACUUCAUGAUAUGUAAUAAGAUGGUUAUACAUGUGUAAUAGCAGUAGUCGGGUGUCAAAACACAGGAUAGCUAACAGCUAACGUCAUAAGGACGAAGAUAGGAGAAGAGGGAGGGACCCUGCCUGCUACCGAACGCUGUCGUUGGUGCUAGCCAGCCUAGAAAGCCUCCUCGACUCUCCCAUUCACCUUCAGCAGCACCACGAGAAGUGUGCAAGGGUGGGGUGAUGCUGCCUUAAACUCUGUGUUCACCAUCUCUGAUCCUCUGAAUUUAAAGAAAAAGGAAAGGCCAUUGCGCGGUGCGAGUCUUGGGAGGAUGGAGUGGUUGCUGUGGGCUAGCAAGCCCUGAUUUGUUGUAAUGUAUUUGUCAUUAACAUGUGCUUAAUACAAAUGUAGGAAGGAAUGGGAACCCUAUGAAGAACAAAGCUUUGAGCACCAACUGGACUCUGACAGUGGAAACUCCUCCUGGAUCUUACAUGCCUUUUUAAACAUACUGAAUCCUGUUGAAGACACCCCUUUCCCCCCCCUAACUAUAUUUAACCACUUUUUUUUUACGUUCAUGUAUCUCUCUCUGUCUUCUAGCACAAGUACAGAAGUAGUAAUCCACGCUCCCCGUUUUUGUUUUUGUUUUUUACUUUCACCUUUUUGUUCCUUUGUAAAGAAAUGCUUUACCUGAAAAAAUACUUCACAGAGGGCCUGAUUCAGUUCACCAUCCUCCUGAGUCUCCUUGGGGUGCGGGUGGACGUUGACAGCUAUCUAAGCAAUCAGCUGCCCCCUCUGAGAGAGAUCAUCCUGGGCCCUAGCUCAGCCUACACUCAGACACAGUUCCACAACCUGCGCAACACGCUGGACGGCUAUGGCAUCCAUCCAAAGAGUGUGGACCUCGACCAAUUCUUUACCACUCGGCGGCUGCUGAACCAGGUGCGCCAGCUGGACCGCCUCUCCGUCCCCAGUACCGAGCUCAACACCUGGCUUGUGCAUCGUGACUCUGAGACUGUGGUGUCCACCAGCAGCCAGCCCAGCCCCAGCAUCACCCUGGACAAUGGGGGCGGCCUAGAGGACGUUAACAACCCUGACGCUACCCCGGCCAUGAGGGGAGGAAGUGUAGGAACUGAAUCCACGUACAACCUGAACGCAGAGGACAGCAGCCUGGGAGCCGUGGCCCCUGAGAGCAACCAGGAGCAACCGGGCAGCAGGGAUGGCAAUGAUGACCUCAGCAAAGAGGACAUUGACUUGAUUGACAUUCUAUGGAGACAGGACAUCGACCUCGGUGCGGGAAGAGAAGUGUUCAACUACAGCAACCGUCAGAAGGAGAGCGAGGAGGAGGAGAAGCCCAGCCCACGAGAGAACAAAGACGGGAAUGAGGAACAAGAGCGCUGGAGAAAUGGAGUUAACUUACAAGGUGCCCAGCCGGUGGACGGGGAGACCGGAGAGAGUAUCCCAGAGCAGUUUCCAGCACCGGUUGUUGUCACGGCAGAAAUAGAUUCCAAUGAGGAAGUUCCUUCUACGUCUCAGGGUCUUCCUCUGGCUCCACUCCGGCCUGCAGGAGAGACACAGCUAGACCUGGAGCAGCAGUGGCAAGACAUCAUGGCCAUCAUGGAGCUGCAAGCGAUGGAAGUGAACAGCUCUUCACCCAACAGCAGCUCCAGCAGUGACAGCGGCACGACUGACUCCAACACUGUGGUAAACUUUGGGCUUUCCACUCGCUCAACUCCGGUAAACCAGGACGUCAGCCUCCAUCAGGCCUCCCUCCCCAGCUGCAGCCAAGACUUCCCCCCCAUCUUUUAUCCCCAGGUGGACUCCACUACCACCCCCCCAAGAACCACCAUGCUCAGACUUUCUUCCAGCAACUCCAGCAGCAUCAACUCCACGUUUGGAGCCACCAACCUGACCGGGAUCUUCAUCCCUCCACACGUUAACAGUUCCAGUACCAACAUUACAUCCACGCCGAUCCUUCCCGAUCCAUUCAGCAACCUUCUGGAAGAGUCCAUGCUGGAUGAGAUCAGCUUGCUGGACCUUGCUAUGGAGGAGGGCUUUAGCCAGGCCCAGGCCUCGCAGUUGGAGGAAGAGCUUGACUCAGAUUCUGGUCUCUCCUUGGACUCCAGCCACAGCCCGGCCUCCCCGAGCAGUUCCGAGACAUCCUGCUCCUCGGCAGCGUCUUCUUCUUCAACAUCCGCCACCUUCUCCGAGGAGGGGGCCGUGGGGUACAGCACCGACUCAGAGGUCGCCACCGCGGAGGAAGGUGCUGUCGGCGGUUAUCAGCCCGGGUACAGCAAGCUCUGCCGUAUGAGCUAUCAGAACCCCUCCCAGUUCCACGGCCUCCCUCAGCUGGAAAACAUCAGCCACAAUCACACGUACAACCUGCCGCUUUCCUCCGUGUUCGCCGAGGAUCCGGAGCUCCCCAUCUCAUCCGGGAAGAAGGCCAUGAAACACUCGAAGCUUCAGCCCCCUCAGGACUUGUACGACAAGCACUCAAGUCGGGACGAACGCCGAGCCCGGUCCAUGAAAAUUCCCUUCUCCAACGAGAAGAUCAUCAACCUGCCCGUGGAAGAGUUCAACGAGCUUCUAGCGAAGCACCACCUGAGCGAAGGCCAGCUGGCGCUCAUCCGUGACAUCCGAAGGCGCGGCAAGAACAAGAUGGCGGCUCAGAACUGCCGCAAGCGCAAGCUGGAUACCAUCAUCAACCUGGAGCAGGGCGUCCACGACCUGCGGCGCAACAAGGGCCGCCUGCUGAAGGAGAAGAUGGAGUUCAUCCGUUCCAUCCGGCAGAUGAAGCAGAAGAUGCAAAGUCUGUACCAGGAGGUGUUCACUCAGCUGCGGGACGAGGAGGGCCGGCCCUACCCCCCCAGCGAGUACUCGCUCCAGUACAGUGCCGACGGCAGCGUGCUGAUCAUGCCCCGCGGCGUGACAACUGCUGAGCAACACCGUAAGCCCGAGAAAAAACAAAAAGACAAAAAGAAGUGAGGGGGGCGCUAACUGCUGUUUUAUUCUAUCACUUUGCUAAAUCAACAAGAACGAUUUCUGCAGAUGCAAGAGAGAUGCCCUUUUUUCCUUUAAGAAGAUUCUGGUGAGUAGAAAAAUGGCAUUGUUGACUACUCUUCCUGAAUUAGUUUCUCCCUUUUCAAUUUGUGGCUACAUUUUUUUCCUGGAAACAACUUUGAAGCAGAAGUAGCUCUCUCCGUUUGAGUACUGAUAUUUCAUUCUUUAAUUGGGGGAAAACAAUAAGCGUGGAGAAGAGGGAUGUAAAAGGACAUAAAAUGAGCUAUUAGAAAAUGUUUAAAUGCUCUCGACCCUUUUGCAGCAAACCGCUAAGGAGGGAGACGAUUUGUGAGGUAAAUAUAAGGGACUGUUAUUCGAGAGAAGUGGGAGUAAAAGAACACUGUCGACGAGGACGGUUGGAGUACCUAUGCACCGGAGGUUUUAAAGGACAGAUCAUCCCAUCCUGGAGACUUUUUGUGAUUUCGACAGUGAGGUUUUUAAGUUGCAAAUCUUCAGGCGAAGAACAACAUUUGAGGUUCUGUGAGUUUACCAAAGGCUAAAGGAAGUCCAUCAGUUUUAGAAUGCCAUUAACACCUAUACUAACCAAAGGUUGUAUGGUGCACAUCACUGGAUCUGACUACAUUUUAAACACUGCACUCCAAUUGUCUGUUUAUGUACGGCAAAUUCCAGUUUUUGAGUAUGUUUGUCGGAGUCCAGAUGCCCCCCGAAGUGAUUGGGUUUCCUGUGCGGAUUGGAAGGAGGAUGUUGGGAUGAGAAAGAGUGUUCCUGGGCUGGCCACUGCUAAAAAAAAAAAAAGGGCGUGAAAGUGAAGUCCGGCAAGAGGAGCAGAUGGAUGUUUUAGGGAGGAGGCACACUGCAUUGCAAAAUGUAUCAACUUCCUUAUAAAUUAUACAUAGCACUGUAAUUUGUCUUUAAAAAGGCUUGGCUUUAUGCAUUUUGCCGUGUCUAUCGCUGUUCCUUAGCUGCAGGUUUAAAUACAGGAGCUGCGUUUAGCAGGGCUCUUAUUAACUGUUCAUAAUCUGUAGUAUAAGCAAGGUUAUAGGUCUCGCCACAUCAGCUUUAUAUAAAAGUCUACACUCGAGGAAUUGAAGAUACUGUGAUGGGCCAGGAGCUCCAGAGAGGGAUUUCCACCUCGAGGUUUGCCCUUUUUUUUUUGUCCUCUUUGACGCCUCGUUUUACGCACUAACUGAAAACAGGCUCAGUUGACGCCUGGUGGAGCGGAAUCCCUUUUUCAUUUAAUUUAUUUGCCAACCCCACUGAAAGCCACUUUAGGCCAUUUUUUAACUGCUGUAAAGCCAAGGUGUUGGCUUAAAUAUUAUGAGUCCUAUGUGUUAAUAAAACAAAGUGAGCCAAGUUGUUACAUGAGAAAAAAAUAAUAUUUGAAUGCGUGAUAUGACUGUUUGUUGUGGCCACUUUGCUUUGAAUGCCUUUAUUUCACAAUCUCAUUAUCUGUCACUUUAAAUGUUUUGAGAACCGGAGGAGAACGUUCUCAAAGUAGAAGUGCUAUUACUCGUCUAUUUGAAUGAAGUUUUGUCAGUACAUGUAACAUCGCCCUCUUUUUAAAAAGAAAAAAUAGGUUAUUAGUGCCAGCUCAGAUAGCAGUUAGGCUAAAAUAUUUAUAAGAGGCAGAACAGAACUCGCAACUUUAAGAUGAUGUCCAAAAAAUGUUUUUUGAAAGGAGAAAUGUCCUCAUUAAAUGUGAUAUUCAGGCAUGCAACUGGUUAACAUUUACUUCAGUGUAACCCAGUGCGACACCGACUAUUUAGUUCUGCUACUACUUAGUGCACUUUUUUUGUCUGUCUUGUUGUGUAAAUAUUUUCAUGUUUGUUUUUGUCAUGAUUUUAUGUAGUUUGUCAAGCGUCUCCAUAACGGUCUCACACUCUGCUUUCAGUUUGGAUGUAGUUCCCUCUGUUUUGAGAUAUUUGCCGGCAAUCAAGAAUUGUUUUUAUCGAUUAAUAAAGUGUUUUUAUUUUCACCUGUGA